GCAAGCGGUUUUGUCAGUGUAAACAGAAGAGAACCUCAACCGAUGGCAACGGACCCACGAGAAACAUCCGCCUUUGCCCGUAUAUAAUCCGAUGCUGACAAACGUUGUAAUAAUUGGUACUGUGUUUGUGAGUGAAAGACGAGAUGACAAUGUAAUCGAACAGUAGUAUUUUAGUUAGAUUGUUUUAUAUUUCUGCUGCGUCACGAUCGAUCGUCAAUAGAAACUGAUACACACAUGGAACCAGUCUUGGUGGCGGGUUCCAUCUAUAGGAAUUGAGUUUCUGUCCAGACGAACAGGUGUUCGAAACCAUCAACCCUAAGGACAAACGCAAAUAGAGCAGGACUGUGCAGUUCAUCAAAUCAUGGCGGACAUUAUCACCGUCAACGUGAGCGGACGUAGGUUCGAGAUCGGACGAGAUGUUUUGUCCAGGUUCCCUGAUUCUACUCUAGGGCGACUGACGUCAUCUACACAGAAGGAGGUUUUCUUCCAGAGACCCGCAGCUGUGUUUAAGUCCGUCCUUGGAUACCAUCAGACAGGGCACCUGCAUCUACCAUCUUCUAUGUGUCUCGGAGCUGUACAGGAAGAACUGGAAUUCUGGGGUCUCGCUGCAAAUGAUCUUGAACCUUGUUGCAAAAGAAACCUAACCAAAUUCAACAAACUUCAAAAGGACUUAGAAUCUUUCGAAAGGUCAAUGAAGGAUGAUAAUGACACUUUCAACGCUAGCAGCUGUUGCCAGUUACCCGGAACCCGUUUUGCAAACGCGAAGCGACGUAUCUGGAGUAUCUUGGAUCACCCGUUUUCUUCCAUUCCUGCUCGUAUAUAUUUCGCCGUGUCCUCGCUGAUGGUGAUCCUGUCAGUGCUGGUGGUGUUUUUACAGUCCAUGGAUUCAUUCAAGCAAGGCAUGACACUUGAAUUGUGGAAGGAGUACUACGGCUCUCAGUUCCAAGAACAUGAAGACCGGAUACGAGUCCUGACGAGUUCCAGUUCUGCUGAAGUCAAUGAAAUCCUUGAAAAACACAAUCAAACUACCAAGGAACUCAUGCACAACUUUACACUUCCUGCGAAUGUGUUUUUAGAGAAUGAGGUAUUCGACAUUAUCGGGGUAUCACUCACAUUGUUCUUUUUGCUGGAGCUCCUCCUGAGACUGUUGACGUGCCCUAGCAUCAUCCGAUUCUUCAAGUCAAUCAUGAACUGGGUGGACAUUCUGUCUGUUGCAUUUGCUUGCACUGAUUCGAUAUUUCAUCAUUUCAGGCGGUCGGAAAAGUUCAAGGAAACCUCGAUGGACUACCUCGGGGCGUUCCAGAUAGUCAGAGUCUUAAGACUCUUCAGACUUGCGAAACACAUCACAGGAGCUAAGGUGUUAAAAUACACCGUGUUCACUUCCUACAAAGAGUUUGGUUUCAUAAUCCUUCUGAUUUUCAUCAAUACCAUUGUGUUUGGUACUCUUGCGUACACAGUCAACGCCGACAAGAUGGAAGAUUUGCCGUUUGCUGCCUGGUGGGCUAUGGUCACCAUGACAACAGUGGGCUAUGGGGACGUGGUACCUUCUAACCACGAGGGCAGAUUUGUCGGCGUGUUGUGUGCGUGUAUGGGUAUAAUGACCCUGGCUCUGACAGUUCCUCUGUUGGUGGACAACUUUGUCACGUUCUACUCGUACGCUUCCAGGACCUCAGAUGCUAAGGAGUUGACCAGGAUGGAGAAGGUCAAGGUGUCUCCAGUUGAGGUGUGUGAGGCUGACGAUCGUACAGAACAUGGUGAUAAAUGAAAAACAAGAUUUUGCACUUGCUCUAUUUGAUGUUCUGAUAAAAAAAUAAAACUUACUUAAUUAUUAUGCAAAGCAUAGGUAACUCAAAAUAAUUAAAGCUUGCGGUUUUGUCACUGCCUCUUUGCUAUUAUGAGAUUAAUAUUUUUCAUGUAGUCUCAAGCAAUUGCUUUGACAUGCCGCGUAAUCAUUGGUAAAAAAAUGACGAAGAUUCAAGAUUGUGAAAAUGUCUUUGGAUGGGUAGUCGACGUCCGCUUUUUGUAAGAGGAGUUACGUCCCGUUGCAACUAGUACACGCUGAUUCAGCUAUUCAUGUUACAGUGAACAUAUAAAACCAGGGAUUAUGCAUAAUCCCUGAAAUUUUCAGUGAUUAUGUAUAAUGUCUGAUUCACUCAGUGAUUAUACACUGAACAUGUCCAUCAUACAUUUCCCUAUGUAUAUCAAUCAUAUAUAAAUUUUAUUAUGUUGCAUGAAGAUACCAUUGUAGCAAAGAAACGUCUCUAUGCUGCUUAAUACAAAAGUCUAAUUCCACAUCUUUUUGGAAGAAAUAUACCUUAAACAACACAAAAAGAGAUUUCAGGGAAUAUGUCUAAAAUUCUAGUCUAUAUUCAGUGAUUGUGUAAUCCCUGAAAAUACAGUGAAUCAGACAUUAUACAUAAUCACAGAAACCUUCAGGGAUUAUACUCUAACAUAAUCCCUGGCUUUACAUAUUCACUGUAACAUAAAGAUCACAUUUUGGUCCCGUUUAUUUAAAUCAUCCAGGUGUCUGUGAUGCCAAAAUCGUAGAGAUUUUUGGCAGGUGCAGCUUACGGCUUACCUAAUAGAAACUAUUUGGAUGUUCCGUUCAGACUGUGUUAUUGGUGGUACAAAAGAGUUAAUGACAGCAUUACGUUGCACAACGUACCUAUUAAGUCACGUGACUAUAACAAUAAGACACUAUCGGCAUGCCACGUUUUGUACGUUUUAAAAUAGAUGUGGGUUAUUUUAUCUUGAUGUUGCCAGUCACGUUCUGAAUGGUCAAUAUUGUAAUUAAGAAAUCAUACAUGUAUAUUUGUAUAUAUAUGUGUAAUGAUGUUCAUCCGGACGUUGUUUGUUCAUUGAUGAAGAGUUUCACCUGCUGACUGUUUUAUGCUUACCUAUAAACAUAUAUUUUCAUUACUG